UUACACUCAAUCUAAAGACCAUCCUCUAGACAGAAAACUUUUUUUAUAAAAACAAUGAAGUCUUCUUACGGUUCUUCCUCUAAUGAUCUCCACGCUUUUGUCAAUGAGAUCAAGGGAGAAAUUCAGUUGUCCAACAUUAAUCUUGAUCCUUACUCAUUUGUCUCUCCUUCCGCUUACGACACGGCUUGGUUAUCCAUGAUCGAAGAAGACAUCAACGUAGAUGAUAAUGAGCUUAAACCGAUGUUCCAAGGUUGUCUAGAUUGGAUUAUGUGCAAUCAAAAUGCCAGAGAAGGUUUCUGGAUGAACUCCACCAGUUAUACAACGGUGGCUGAUGGCAGAGACGAAGACGGCGAAAAGGACAUGUGUAUUCUAACUUCCACUCUUGCUUGUGUUGUAGCACUUCAGAAAUGGAAUAUUGGGUGUUUUCAUCUCCACAAAGGGACGAGAUAUAUCGAAAGAAAUACGGAGAUGAUAAUUGGGAAAUACAUCAACGAAGAAGGAUCUUAUCCUCGUUGGUUCGCUAUCAAAUUCACAGGAAUCCUAGAGCUUGCUCAAAAACUUGGCUUACACUUUGUUUUCUCUAGUCGCUGUAUCGAAAUGAUCAAAGGGAUGUUUUAUCAACGCCAAGAGAUUAUCCAAAGAGAAAAAUUGGUACAUGACUGUAAUUAUAAACCUUUACUGGCCUAUCUAGAGGUGUUGCCAUCGAAAUUAUAUGUCACAAAUCAAGAAGACAUCAUUGUGAAGAGUCUCGACAGUAUGGAUGGCUCUUUGUUUCAGUCACCUUCAGCAACUGCAUCAGCGUUUAUGCUCACUCGCAACACAAAAUGUCUAGCUUAUCUUCAAAAUCUCGUUCAAAAAUGCCCUAAUGGAGUGCCACAAAAGUACCCUCUCAAUGAAGAUCUCAUAAAACUCUCCAUGGUUAAUCUAAUCGAGAGUACUGGUUUAGGAGAGUUCUUUGGUAUAGAGAUUGAACACGUUCUGGAACAAGUUUACAGCCGCUACGAAGAAAAAGAUUUUGAGAGAAUGCCCAUGAGUUAUCUGGCGGAUCAAUUGCACAAAGACUCUCUUGCAUUUCGAAUGUUAAGAAUGCAUGGUCGGGAUGUUUCACCUAGAAGCUUUUGCUGGUUCUUGAAUGAUCAAGAAACUCGAAAUCAUUUAGAAAGAAAUAUAGACUCUUUCUUGCUUGUGAUCCUAAGUGUUUACAGAGCCACGGAUCUCAUGUUUCCGGGAGAGCAUGAUCUUCAAGAAGCAAGAGAAUAUACUCGGAAUUUACUCGAGAAACGUCGGUCCAUCAAAGAAAAAAUGAUUAUGCAUGAAUUAAGUACUCCAUGGAUAGCUCGACUCAAACACCUUGACCAUAGGAUGUGGAUUGAGGACAAGAACUCAAAUGUUUUAUCCAUGGAAAAAGCCUCUUUUCUAAGACUACAUAGUUCGUAUAGCGACAAACUGACUCAUCUUGCUGCAAGAAACUUCGAGUUUCAACAAGCCAAAUACUGUCGCGAGCUGGAGGAACUGACAAUGUGGGUAAAGAAAUGGGGACUUAGUGAUAUUGGUUUCGGUAGAGAGAAGACAACAUAUUGUUACUUUGCAACUGUGACUUCGUUGCCCUAUGAAUAUGCCAUUAAAUUUGGUAAGCUUGCAGCAAAAACUGCUAUCCUCAUCACAAUUGCCGAUGACUUCUUCGAUGAAAAAGGUUCCUUCAAUGACUUGGAAGGUCUUACUAAAGCAGUUUUAAGAUGGGAAGGAGAAGAGCUUAAAAGUUACGGCAAUAUCAUUUUUAGAGCACUUGAUGAUAUUGUAAGAGAGACUGCAAAUACUUGUCGUACGCACCACAAAACCGACAUAAUUGUCCAUCUUCGCAACAUCUGGGGUGAAACAUUUGAGUCGUGGCUACGUGAAGCUGAAUGGAGUAAAAAGGGACACACAUCGUCAAUGGACGAAUAUAUUCGAAACGGAAUGAUCUCAAUCGCAGCACACACCAUUGCUCUUUCCAUCUCAUGUCUCAUGGAACCUUGUUUUCCCCACAACAAACUCAAACCGGGAAAUUACGAUAGCAUAACUACAUUGCUCAUGAUCAUACCUCGACUUUUAAAUGACCUACAAAGUUAUCAGAAGGAACAAGAACAAGGGAAGAUGAACUCCGUGCUGCUCCACAUGAAGAAUCAUCCAGGUCUGGAGAUUGAGGACUCGAUCGCUCAUAUCGAAAAGAUUAUCGAUUCAAAAAGGAAAGAGUUUCUGGAGCAUGUACUAGUUGAUGGACUAAGCGAUUUGCCAAAACCGUGCAAGGAGAUUCACAUGUCUUGUUGUAAAGUCUUCGAGAUGUUUUUUAACAAGAAGAACCGUUAUGAUUCAAACACGGAGAUGCUUCAUGACAUUAAGAAGGCUCUCUAUGAUCCCAUCAAUGUUUAUGAACUAUCAGAGAUGGAGCCUAUGCCACUGAUGGCACAUGGUGAUGAAUAUAUGAUUCUUCCUUUGCUUUUGAACAGUUUGCCAAAUAUUCUUGAAUUUAAGAGGAAGGACGGAUACGGAGCAAUGAAAACAUCUAUGUGCUUUGGAAGAAGUUAUCGUGUUAAUAAACGCGUUAUGGCCUCACAGCUUGAUGAUCAACAUAAGCCUCUCAAGAUUGUUGCGUCGCAGCGGAAACCGGUACCAAUGAUGCAAUCGAUAUUCGCACCAUGCUUCUACUAAUUAAUAUCUUAUCAUUAUCUAUAUUAUAUAUGUAUACUGUAUAUAGAUUGGUGAUUAAUCUUUACCUCAAUUACAUGUAAAAUAGUGUGUUUUGUUUUUCUGUUUUCUUCUUCUGUGCAAAUUGUUAAGAGAGGUGUGAGUGGAAAAUUUAGAAACUAUGUUGUUUUCAAAUUGAUUUGUGUGAUAGCUAUAUGAAUUUAAAAAAAAACUUUUAAGAAUCUCAUACUGAAAGUGAAAU